AUGACAUUGACACGCUCCCAAACGGGGAGAACUCCCAAGAAAAUGGAUCGCCCCGGGUUCAUUGAGACGCCUGGCCGCCGCACCCGUGCCUCCGAGGCCAGCGAGUCCGACACUCCAGCGAGCCGAUCCAAGUCGGCCACGCGCCGUCGCACGUCUGGCAGAGUCAAGGCUGAGGAAGAGGAGGAUACCCCGAAGAGCGCGACCAAUGGCAAGGCCGCUGCCCCCAAGUCCAAGUCCAAGUCGUCGACGACCAAGGCCAAGCGUAUUGUGGACGGCUGGGAGGAAGGACUCGAUCCCAAGAUCGACUACAGUGGUCACUUCGAGUUCGGUGGUUCUAUCGGCGUGCUUUCCAUGAUGAUUGGGUUCCCCUUGCUCAUGUACUACAUGUGGAUUGGCGCGACCUACUACAAUGGCAAGUUCCCUCGUCCCGCCGAGGGCCAGAGCUACUCGGAGUUUUUCGCACACCUGGGUGAAUUGGUAUACACGGGUGCGUUCCCGUCGCUUAAGGCCUGGACCAUCUAUUGGGUUUUCUUUGUCUUCGAGGGUGCCUGCUACGUUCUUCUUCCCGGUGUGUCGAUGAUGGGACGGCCACUCCCGCACAUGGGCGGCAAGCAGCUGCCGUACUACUGCUCUGCUGUGUGGUCAUUCUACACGAGCAUUGCGCUGGCAUUGGCUCUGCACUUCACGGGUCUUUUCAAGCUCUACACCAUCAUCGACGAAUUUGGACCCCUGCUUAGUGUCGCGAUCCUGUCGGGAUACCUGGUCUCUUUCGCCGCUUACUUCUCGGCCCUGUACCGCGGCGCGCAGCACCGCAUGACUGGUUACCCCAUCUAUGACUUCUUCAUGGGCGCUGAGCUCAACCCGCGCAUGUUCGAGAUCCUCGAUUUCAAGAUGUUCUUCGAGGUGCGCCUCCCCUGGUACAUUCUCCUGUUCCUGUCCAUGGGUGCCGCCGCUCGCCAGUGGGAGGUCUAUGGCUAUGUGUCCGGCGAGGUCAUGUUCCUCGUCAUGGCGCAUUUCCUCUAUGCCAACGCCUGCUCGAAAGGCGAGGAGUGCAUUGUAUCCACCUGGGACAUGUACUACGAGAAAUGGGGCUUCAUGCUGAUCUUUUGGAACCUGGCUGGUGUGCCCUUGAGCUACUGCCACUGCACCAUCUACCUGGCCAACCAUGACCCGGCCACUUACCAGUGGAACCGCUUCUUCCUUGCCUUCCUCUAUAUUGCAUACUUGUUCGUGUACUGGGUCUGGGACACGACCAACAGCCAGAAGAACCGCUUCCGCCAGCAGGAGCGCGGCACCAUGGUGACCCGAAACACGUUCCCGCAGCUCCCCUGGCAGACCGUCGAGAACCCCAAGACCAUCACCGCGGCCGAUGGCUCCAAGAUUCUCGUGGAUGGGUGGUACGGCAAGGCCCGCAAGAUCCACUACACCUGCGAUCUCUAUUUCGCCUUGAACUGGGGCUUGAUCACCGGUUUCUCGAGCCCGUUCCCCUGGUUCUAUCCGGUCUUCUUUGCCUGCAUGAUCAGCCAUCGCGCCUUGCGUGACAUCCAGCGGUGUCGGACCAAGUACGGUGAGGCUUGGCUCGAGUAUGAGAAGCAGGUGCCCUACCUCUUCAUUCCCUAUGUCUUCUAA